UGCGUCAACGCUGCUAUCUAGCGUUCCAUGAAUUUGUGCCUUAACAUGGUGGUCCGUGCGGUAAACUCGGCGAGCUUGUGUUUCGUCGGAAUACUCGGAAUGCUUUUAUGCCGCGAUCGUGUGAUAAGUAUUCGUUGACGCGCACACGCGUGCUUGUACAUUCGUGCGACGUUACCGGUGCGUUAGACACGGUUUUUACGUGCGGUGCUGCGAUUGCGAUAACGCGACGAUGUCGGUUAGUUACGCCAGGAUGAAAUCGUGCCACGAGGCGUUGUCAUUGACGUCGGUGUCGUCGACGAUGACGAUGGUGGUCUCGAAUGGCGCACCCAGGCGAGCCGGCGACGAGAAGGACUGGCAGAUGCAGCUGGCUUUUUGCAAACCUCGUCACAAUGCCACGAUCGAGUGCGUCAAUUGCAUCAGUCAGACGUGGCGGAUGAAGGAGCGGAUGAAAACUGUGAGCGUCGCUCUGGUAUUGUGUCUGAACGUUGGCGUCGACCCGCCGGACAUCGUCAAGACGCAGCCUUGCGCGCGCCUUGAAUGUUGGAUAGAUCCUUUGUCAGUGAGCCCUCAAAAGGCUCUUGAAACUAUUGGUUCAAAUUUACAAAAACAAUAUGAACGAUGGCAACCAAGAGCGCGUUAUAAGCAGAGCUUAGAUCCAACUGUCGAAGAAGUUAAGAAAUUAUGUACCUCUUUGAGACGAAAUGCCAAGGAAGAAAGAGUUCUGUUUCAUUAUAACGGUCAUGGUGUGCCGAAACCUACCACUAAUGGAGAAAUAUGGGUAUUUAAUAGGACAUAUACACAAUACAUUCCAUUAUCAGUGUACGACUUGCAGACCUGGAUGGGUGCGCCUAGCAUUUAUGUAUAUGAUUGUUCUAAUGCAGGCAUUAUCGUGGAAUCUUUUCAACAGUUUGCUGAUCAGCAUGAAAAAGAGUACGAAAUGGAAAAGCAGCAAACUCGCGCAACUGGUGUAACGUGUCCCGCAGCGCCGUGUUAUAAAAAUUGUAUCCAAUUAGCAGCGUGUGCAGCCAAUCAGAUUUUACCAAUGAAUCCGAAUCUACCUGCAGAUAUAUUUACAUCAUGCCUUACUACACCGAUAAAAAUUGCAAUACGUUGGUUUGCGAUGCAGCCUACAUCCAAAUUAGUUCCUAAUAUAUCGCUUGAUCUCAUUGACAAAAUCCCUGGACAAUUGACGGAUAGAAGGACAAUGUUAGGCGAACUUAAUUGGAUAUUCACCGCCAUUACCGAUACAAUAGCAUGGAACACUUUGCCAAGAGAUCUAUUUCAAAGAUUGUUCAGACAAGAUCUAUUAGUCGCCAGUCUUUUUAGAAAUUUUUUGCUAGCAGAGAGAAUACUUCGUUCUUACGAUUGCACGCCAGUUUCAUCUCCAAAAUUACCGCCAACAUAUCAGCAUCGUAUGUGGCAAGCUUGGGACAUGGCGCUUGAUCUGUGCUUGGCACAACUGCCAACAGUUCUGGAAAACGAGGAUCGCUAUGUGCAUUCGUCAUUCUUCGAGGAUCAACUUACGGCUUUUCAAGUGUGGCUUAACUUAGGAUCGAAGAAACGCAGUCCACCCGAACAGCUUCCAAUCGUUCUCCAAGUACUGCUGAGCCAAGUCCAUAGACUGAGAGCAUUAGAACUAUUAGGACGUUUUCUCGAUCUCGGUCCAUGGGCUGUAAAUCUAGCACUUAGUGUCGGUAUCUUUCCGUACGUUUUAAAGUUAUUACAAAGCAACGCCAGAGAACUUCGACCUUUGCUCGUUUUUAUAUGGGCGAAGAUACUGGCAGUAGAUAACACUUGCCAAGCGGAUCUUGUGCGCGAUGGCGGCCACAAAUAUUUCUUGUCCGUGCUUCAGGAUACUUCUAUUCCGAGCGAGCAUAGAACGUUAGCCGCGUUUGUACUGGCCAGUAUUGUAAACGAUUACAGACCGGGUCAGGUGGCUGCAAAUCAGGGCAAUCUCGUUUCGAUAUGCUUGGAACAGCUGGGAGACGCAAACUCUUUGCUACGGCAGUGGCUCUGUUUGUGUCUGGCACGGCUUUGGCAUAAUUUUGACAAGGCGAGAUGGUGCGGAGUCAGGGACAUCGCUCAUGAGAAGCUGUUUACAUUAUUAAAGGAUCCUGUUCCAGAGGUUCGGGCAGCUAGCGUAUACGCUUUGGGCACGUUCAUAAACAGUGUAACGACCAGGAGCGAGCACGCAAAUAAUAUCGAUCAAAUUAUCGCUAUGACGCUUAUUAAUACCGUCUCUCACGACAUGUGCCCGCUGGUUAGAAAGGAAUUAGUUGUAGCUCUUCAAUGGAUGGUGCUGCAUUUCGAGAAUUCUUUCGUGACGCUAGCUAUGGCCGAGGAGAACAGUCGGAAGGACCUCGUCGUGGAAACCCUGUCUCCGUUCAGUGGUAUGAGGCGUAUUAGCUCGCGCGACAGAUUGAAGAUGCUGUCACCUAACAAUACAUACACCGUAGAUAUGAUCGAUGGAUUCGGGUCGCAGGACCGUAUCAAAAGAGUGUCGUCCUCGUCGUCCAUUAGCAGUCUAGGUAAUAAUUGGGAGUUCGUGAGGAAACCUUGCGAGUCACUUGGUCACAAUUCUCUCGGAAAUCUGCCAAGUCUCUCUUACGGUAGUGUAUAUAUGAAAUUAUGGCAUGGAUUGUGCAAUCUCGACAACGAUCCUCAUCCGGCCGUCGGUGUUAUGUCUCAAAAAAUCACCAAUCACAUUCGCAUUAAGGUGAAGGCAUCCUCCACGCCUAAAGAAGUAGUCGAAACAAAAAUCUCCUCGUCGUUAUCUCUUCCACCAUCACCAUCGAAUCGCACUGGUUAUUUAAGCAAAGGAGAAUCGCCACCCGCUGUCAAUUCUGGAACGGAUUUGCUGCGUUCUUCGAGAGGUUUGCCGCACAGUCGCACGAGGAAACCUGUUCCUAACACGAUAUCCGAAGAGGCAGACGAAGUACUUGGAGCCAAGACUCCACUAACCAUCUCCCAGUUCGUCGAAUGGAGUUGUGCGCAAUUCGCUCAGCCUGUUAGUUUAGAGGAUGAAAUAGAUGAUAUUGAAAGCAGACCUUAUCUCGAGCGAGAAUGGCGAUUUAUACGCAAUGCGAAGCAGAGGCACGAUGCAAAGGAAGAACAAAUACGUGCACCGCAGAGCAAGAUAGAAUCGCAAAUCUAUCACGCAAGAUGUCCGCAGUCGCCUCAGAUCCUGGUUUUUCAUCCGUUCGAACCACAUUUGGCCGUUGCGUUGAAAGAUUGCUUUGGAGUAUGGGAUUAUCAGAAUGGCACAAAAUUGUCUUACUGUGCGAGUCGCGGAAACAAUGCGAAAUCGCGCAUCACGGCACUCGAAUUCAUCAACCCUCACGACUUAAGCCUGAUAAUGGCGGGUUCCGACGACGGUUCCGUGCGAAUAUGGAAGCAUUACAACGGCUCGAUAAGCCGCGAUCCUAUUUUACUCACAGCUUGGCAGGCGUUGGCGGACGUGCAACCCGCAACCAAAACAUCUAGUGGUAUGGAACACCAAGCAAUAGCACGACUGGUCACGAAGUGGGAACAAGAAUCGCUCACCUUGGCAGUAACAGGCGACGUUCGUAUCGUGAGACUCUGGGACGCGGAGACCGAAUUAAAGAAGCAAGAUAUACCAACGGGCGCCGAUUGUUGCACCACUUGUCUCGACGUUGACGGCACAGGUGCAAUAAUGGCAUUGGGCUGUGGUGACGGAUCUGUCCGGCUCUUGGAUCGAAGAUUACCCCCUGCAGAAGCGAGAGUUAUGACCUGGAGGGAACACACCGCCUGGGUGUUGGGCGCGUAUCUGAGGGAAUCCGAGCCGCAAUUGUUCACCGGAUCUUCCUCGGGCGACAUAAAAAUCUUCGACCUGAGAAAAAAUUCCUCUGUGAACACACUUCAGAUAGCAUCAGGUAUUGCAGCGCUGAUGGUACACGAAGUAGCUGAUAUUUUUGCCUGCGGCACUACGAAUCACUGUCUGAGCGUCCACAAUAUGACGGGUCAACAUCUCAACACGAUAAAAUUUCACGAGGGCUUCAUGGGCACGCGUCUCAGCCCCGUAAGCUGUCUGAACUUUCAUCCGCAUCGCGUGACCAUGGCGGCCGGCUUUGUGGACAGUACUUUUACGGUGUAUGAGCCACGCAGAUGACUACUAGAGAUGGAACUUGUGUAAGGUCUUUGUAAAUUUACAGCAGUGCUUUACGCUCUCGCAUUCGUUCUUGCGCGUUGCGCUAUUAUCGUCGAAAUCAGGGCUUUUUUAGUCCCCGUGUUUUCGCUAGAGAACCAUACGAUGGUUUCUGACCAUUAAAAAGUAACUAUUAGUAAGCAGCACAUCUUCCUUUCUUUUUUUUUUUGUUGUUGGCUAGGGAAUCGACGACCUCGCCUGCUAAUGUGUGAAAAGAAAUAGGAAAAAAAAAGGACAGUUGUAGUUUUGUGAUAAAAUUGAGCCCCAUUGAAUGGAUUAACCAAAGUGUCUGAAGGCAACCAAAGAACAAAAUGUACGAUUAACUAUCUUUUUGUAAACUUUACGCGCAAGAUAGAAUCGAAGCAACUUUGGUAUUCCGGGAGAUGCUUAUUUAUAACAAUACGUGUACGUACAUUGUGAUAAAAGAUUAAUGCGAGUUUGUGUACGUAAGAGUGGUUGAGAGAGUAAUGUUUAACGAAUGUUUUGUUAUCCGCACGAUGAUAACAAUCUUGAUUAUUGUGCCAUGCAAUAUCUGCUUCAGGAUCCGCGAGCUGUGUUUCAUACAGCUUUUUAUGUAACGGAAAUAUAUUUUAAUUACCGAAUCGAUAAAUACGUGGCUGUGUAAAUACGAUUCGCAUUAUACGCAUUUUAUAAGCUACGUGGAAGGCAAGUUGACACUAGAGAUUACGUUUCACUAUUAUUUCUCGAUAUAAUUUUAGCCAUUGUUCUUUCUUCUUGUUAUUUUUUCUAUCACCGUAUUUUCUGACCGAUAAAUUAAUGUAGGAUCUUUUUCGACAAUUUUAACUGUUAUUGAUGUACAAAUUUUGUAUAAAUAAGUAUAAUUUGAUGAAUAAUUGAACUCGAUAUUAAGCAUAAUUGUUAUAUUUUUAUGCGUUAAUUUUCAAUUGCAAUAUUAGAUAUAUAGCACGUAUGUGCAAUACUUGCGUAUCAAUACAGAUACAGAUACAGUUUACCGAAGCUUUCCACAUAUAUAUUGUAUAUAUAUGAAGAAGCCUGAACAUUUUGAAAUACGUAAUAGUAUGUGCAACCUCUGAUUAAUUAUUGCAUAAGUAUGUUUGACAAGAAUUUACGAGUUUUAUUCGCAUUGCAGUUACAACGAAGUGUCAUAUUAUUAGUUUAAAUGUUCACAUCUCACAGCUGUCAGCUAAAAUAGUCUGAUUGUCUCACAUUUGUAUCUGUUAAGAAUUAUGUAAAGUAUCUGCGUUCCGUGGUAUCACAUAUCUGGGAAAAUUAUAGCAUAAUACGUUGGCAAUUGCAUUUGCGAUCAUAAUUAUGUAAUUGUAUUGUCGAAUAAUAAUUGACGACGGAUUAUAAACAGCACGAUCACUUAUUCUGUUAUAUAAUUAAUUUAUUGAGAUUUGUUCCGUUAAAGCUAGCGAUCGAUGUCGCUGCUAUUUAUGCGCCGAGUGCACAAUCCGCCGAUAUUUGCGGCGAUAGAGAGCAAUGUAGCUUCAUUAAGACAUGUAACAAAUGUAGAACAAGUUACUAUUAAGUUAAAAGUACGAAGUAGAGCACGUUAAUGUUAACAGAAUCGAGAAACGGUUAUAUUAUUGUAAUAAUAAACAUAUUGUAAAUACGUAGACACAUAGCAGUAAAUGUGCGCUAAGGGAAAGACGUGAAAGGUGCAAAUAGCUUUAUCUCUUUAUAUUAUACGAUAGUUUUGUUAUUGACACGCAGUCUAGGCGAUGAAGUGACGGGCAUUGAUGGAUGGUGCUGCGAAGCUGGAGCCACAUUGUCGAAAUGAGCCUCGUGUUGGAGAAUGUGUGUUUGAUUUUCUGUCGAUCUUUGUAUCGUCAACAUUCUCGCAAUUCAUAUUUUGUUUCGAUUCGCGGAUUCGGGUAGCUCCUUUUGAGGUUCAGUUUGCUUGUGGUCCCAGUUUUAGAGUUUCAUUGAUUGCAAAUAGAUAUGUAGGUGCAAACAUAGUGCCAGAUGUACUUAAGUGUCAUCAUCGACCGACGAUUCUGAAACUCGUGCGUUUUUUUUUCUGUUAUCAAAGCGAUUUGUUCAUUCUGUUUUGUUCGACAAACCGCUCUAAUUCUCUGUUACUUCUCAUUGCAUUCGAAGAAAAAAAAAAACGGAUAACAGAAAAUAAAUUACACUUUAUUUGUGAAAUUGGAUAUUUGAAAUAUUGUUUCGUAGAUAUUUGCCACAGAAAACAAAUAUCCAUUUUAAGAAAAAGUAUUAACUAACGAUUCAAAUUUGGCGCUAUUAGUGAUGGAUUGCACUGCGGUCAACAUUAAAAAUAGAAUUUUUCUAUAUUUAUUUUUUUAAAGCGUGGCAAUAUUUAAAUAGGCGGUCCAUACUGACUCUUCUCUUCUCCUAAAAUUUAGUCGCGCUUUACAUUUAUUUAACUUGCACAUUGGUCACAAAAUGAGUUAAUACAAAUUUAAAUAACGAGAUCAAAAAAGAAAAAAGGGAAAAAAACGCAUUGAGAUUAAACUGCGGUCGACAAAAAAAAAGGGGGGGAUAUCGGUAAGUCUAGACUCCUGACUUCCAGAGAUUUAUCAUGGAACUGUUCCGAUUCGAAUCAUUUCGCUUUUCAGUGAUUGUUUUAUCAUGGAUGUUCGAAUUAUAUCCGAGACAAUUGGCAGAUUCAAAGAAAAUUGAUAAUAGUCUGGGGAUAUAUUUUUUUCUGAUAAAAAUUGAAAAUUGCGAAUUCUGAAUUGAAUCCUGAAUAAUUCCGUAAUAAUUCCUACAUGCGGGACCGGUGCUGCCAUUAGGCACCGAACAGGCAACCGCCUAGGGCUCAAGGGCUCCAAGAGCAAAGCUCAAAGAGGCGCAGCAAUCACCAUCAGGAAAGUUGGCAAUUUUUUUAGACGAGGGGGGUGAAUAGUUAGUUUUGCCUAAGGCGUAAACAGUCUGGCACCGGUCCUGUCUACAUGUAUAUAUUAUACAUGUACAACUUGACAACGUAUUAUAUAUUGUACAGUGUAUAAUAUAUAAUUAUGUACGAUUAUACGUAUGCAACAACGAUCGCGCUGCUAUUAGAUUAGCUAGCAAUAACAAUCGGCAGGCAUUUAGAUGGUAAGUCGUGGAGAGAGGCGAGUAUUGCGAUUUCGCACUGUGCGCUACUGUAAAUUUGUGUAAUUAUGUAUUAAUCGCCUCGUAGAAACAAAUACAAUACGGUCACGAUCCUGUGUAAAUAUGAGAAAUCUCGUAA